GUAAUACCACAUGCCACUAACAGGACUAGAGAAGUCAGUAACCCUGAAGAGCCCACUUCCUCCAACAUCCCAGAUUCCUGCUCUUGGUGAUCUUGCAAAUGCUCCACAUGAAAUGCCAUCCAGGUGCUGCAGGAAGUGCAUCAAAGAGACAGAUUGCUAUGUCAGGCUGGCAAAGCAAGGAGGCCAAUCUGACCUACUGAAGCACUACACUGCUGUGACAAGUAAGUCCUCUCCAGCAGCGUAUGCUGCGCCUGACUGGUACUUGCACUGCUCCAAUCCCCGGACCAAUAAGCCAUGGAGCUAUGUUUCCUCUCUACCAGAUUAUGUAAUUCACAAAGAGUUUAAGGCUGAUGAACGUUGUGGUAACCAUUAUGAGAUAAGAGGCCUUUUUGAUUUUGAUACGAAAACUGUUUGGCAUCGGGAUGCUGAGGACAAAGAACAGGCAGAGAAAAAGAAGGUAAAGCUCCCAGCUAUAAACCCUAAAUAUCCAAGCAGAAUGCCAAAUGUUUCUAUGAACGAGGAAUUUAGUGGGAAAAAUAAACUUUCCUUCCCACCCGUGCCUGCUCAGAGAAAAAAUGAAGCACUAAACUUUAGCAAAUUAAUUAGCAAUGGUUAUGGGACUGACUGGCUUCAGCAGUGUAUCGGAAGGGACAAAAAGAUUAAAGAAACAUCAGAAAAUACUGAUCAGUCCAAAGGUAACAUUUUUGAAAGCUGUUUCUUUUCAAGUGAGUUGGGAUCUCAAGGCAACAGCAGAGGGCAGCCUGAAUCAUUUGUCUGUGUAACUGAAUUACUCUGCUUAGCUUAUAGUUCCCUAUGAGCAGCUGAAGAGUGCUCCUGUUUGUAGUCAGCAAAGUCAGGGAUUUAAUGGAUUUUUUCUAUCUUUACAAUUGCAGAAGUAUGCUCUAAUCCAUGCGCU